AUGUCUCCUGUACCCCCAGACUCCCCUCAGGGCAAAAAAAAAGGAAAAAAAAGAAAGAAAGAAAGAAAUAGUCAUCCAGAAAUUUAUCCUGUGGUAUUAACUACCAACACCCAGGAAAUAUUCAAGUGCCGAAUAGAUGCAGAUGUCACAGAAGAACAACCUUAUAAGCUUAUCAGAAAAGAAGAUAUUUUUGAGGACUUGCGAAACAGAGCUGCAGUCUCUGAUUUCUACCCAGUCAAAAAAAUGGUCCAGGAAUAUCCUGGAGAUGAGCUUGUGCUUGUUUAUGACAAAGACUUCAGAUAUGGCCUUAACUUUUAUCUUAUUGGAACUGAAGAGGGCAAGGAAAACUAUUUAAAUCCCCCAGAAGUACCAGAAGAACAGGAAGAAUAUAAGGAACUUAUUCCUGAAGACAUAUAUAUUUAUAAACCACCAGUCUCUAAACCAUGGGUUUCUUUGGGCAGUGAAAAAGAAAUUGAGGAAGAAUCAGUUAAGGAAUCUACAAAGCAGAUUACAUACAUGAUUUCUCGAAAACGAAGUGAAUUUGGUGCACCUAUUAAGUUCAGUGACCAGAAUGCUUCCAGUGUAAAAGAUGCUUAUGUUGAAUGUACAGCCUACCCAGAUAAAAAUUUUACUCUCAAACUACUUGAAAAAGAUGUUGGCAUGCAAGUAGUUCCCCAAACCAAGGACACAAGUACUCAGACAAGAUGGACAUAUCCCAAAAAUGCUACUACACAAUAUUAUCCAAGAGAAUUCUCAGAAAAGGAAAAAGAGACACUUGGACAAUCAAAGUCUUUGGUUGAUUUUCUUAACAAUGUGUCCAUAAGUGUUGAAAUAGCCCUGCAGCAAAAUGAAAUCAUGAACACAUUUAUUGAUGACUGGAAAUGCCUGGCAGAAGAAGAAGGCACCUUUGGGGACAAGACUGAUACCCACCUGAAAGAGUACCAGUCCUUUACCGACCUUCAUAGCCCAAUGGAGAAAAUGAUUACCUGUGUCUCAUGGCAUCCAACUAUCUACGGUGAGUUGGAGAUGACAGGGAUCCCCUUUUGUGAUGACAUUGAAAUAAUUGUCAUGUGGGAUAUCACUGCACAUGCAGAUCGCAUAGAAAACAUUAAGUCGGGUGGUAGUAGAAGUAAAAAAGCCACACUCAAGCCUAUGUUUCUCCUUGAUCCAGAGAGUAAUAAAGAAGCGAUGUAUAUCAGACAUUGUGCAGUCUCUUCAAUAGAAAGUGGACAUAAGAAAGUAAUUACGGAUAUACACUGGCUGUCUGACACAUUUGAGAUUAACAGAAUGGGCUCGGUGUUUGAGAAUCGAAGUGGAAUAUGCUGUCAACUUGUUACAUGUUCAGCCGAUUGCACAAUAUGUUUUUGGGAUAUUAGACCACAGAAAGCUUUAACCCCCCAACCAACAGAGAAAAAGAAAGAAGAAGUUAUUGAAAUUCCUUUUGAUGUACCAUCUACUUUUUUGCAUCUAGAUCUCUCCUGGAAACCUCUCAAUAAGUUAAGACUGUCUAAGGGAGAAACAAGUUUAGACCAUUGCCCAACAAAGAUAAGCCUGAAUGAAGACCAUCUUAUUUACAAAACACAAG